UUGAAAAUACGGUGAUCGGGGAGAGUAACUCGAAAACUCAACUUCUGAUCAGUUUUAUUUGCUGGGAAGUGCUUCGUUAGAAAACAUAUUUUUGAAAUUUUCUUAGUUUGGGGAAGAUUUUUUCAAUCAGCCACUGUUUAAACCACAGGUCAUUCAUCUUACAGUAUUGGCGCGGAUAGCUGAAUAUUUUUUCUUGAGACAUUAGACAUGGUGUUUCUAAAGGUUGCCCACAGAUGUAGUCAGGCCAUUUUUUCAUUUGGAAGGAACAAAGUGGUUCAUCAUCUCUUUAAGUCCUGUGCAAUGUCAACAGCAAAUCCUGCUGCUAAGGAAUCCAAAAUGCAUUAUUUGUUGCUGAUAAUUCCCAUUUCAACAUUUGGCCUGGGAACAUGGCAGGUCAAGAGAUUGCAGUGGAAAAAAGGAUUGAUCAAGGAUCUUGAGUCCAGGACAACUGAACCAGUUCGAGAUCUCCCAGAAAAUAUCGAUGAACUCAGAUCAAAAUCUCUGGAAUAUCGAAGAGUCCUGUUGCAAGGAACAUUUGAUCAUGCAGAGGAAAUCCAUUUGGCACCAAGGUCACUAAAUGAAGGUGCACAUGGGGGAGGGAGUCUAGGAAGGAAGCCAAAAUCUGGUGCUCAAAUCAUCACACCAUUUGAAAUCUCUGGAACAGGAGAAUCUUGGUCAAUAGGGGUUGGGUGCCGAUGGACAAAAUCAAACCUGAAAAAAGGCAAGAAGGACAGAUUGAGGGUGAGACAUCAUUGGUUUGCUUCAUCAGACAAGGAGAAAAGCGACAGCCAUUCCAGGCUAAAAAUAAUCCAGAAAAUAACAAGUGGUAUUCCCGAGAUGUGGAUGCCAUGGCAGAAGUGACAGGCAGCCUGCCAAUUUUAGUUGAUGCUGAUGCUGCCAGCACAGUUCCGGGAGGACCACGAGGAGGCCAAACUCGGGUGUACCUUCGUAACGAACAUCUUCAGUACAUUAUAACAUGGU